GGAACUCCCACAGGAGAAGGCAUAAAGCCGCUCGGGGAAGGCUAAGGAGCUGCUCAGUGCGAGUCAAACAUUGGGUGAGAUCCGUAACGGAGCCGAACAUGAGUAGCAGCCAAGGCCCUUUCCAGUUUUAUUCUGGGUCCCUCAGGGGUAGUGCGGGGUGUGGUUUGGCCCAGCAAGGAACUUCUCACCGACCUCCAAGUGCAGACGGUGCCGGCGGCACACACACCUCUUUCUCCCCCCUCUGUCUGGCCGCCGGAGGGGGGGCGUCCUGGGGAUGCUUCGGCGAGCGCCACUGGGAAAGCAUCUUCCUGGGUGGGAAUGAGAAACAGACCAUGCAAAACCUGAAUGACCGUUUGGCUGCCUACCUGGACAAGGUCCGCUCCUUAGAAGCAGCCAACGCUCAGCUCGAAAGCUGCAUCCUAGAGUGGCACAGGACAAAAUCCCAUGGAAAGAGGCAUGACUUCAACCAGUACGAGCAAAACGUCACUGACAUGCAAAGACAGAUUGAGGAUGGGAAGAUCACCAACGCCAGCAUCCUCCUGCAGAUCGACAACGCUAACAUGGCGUCCGAAGACUUCAGGCUCAAGUAUGAAGCAGAGAAGACUCGGAGGCAGGGAGUGCAGUGCGAUGUUGAGAACCUGCGUAAGGAACUCGAUGGCCUGACCAUUAUUACAACAGAUCUGGAAAUGGAAAUUGAAGGCUUGAGAGAAGAACACAUCCUCAGGAGGAAAGACCAUGAGGAGGACAUGGAAGCAAAUCGCUCAUCGCAGGACUUCAAAGUCAAUGUGAAAGUGAACGCGCCGCCUCCUGAAGACCUGGCCAAGAUUCUGGCAGAAAUAAGGGAAGAUUAUGAAGCCAUAAUAGAAAAGAAUCGUCAAAGCCUUGACAGCUGGUACAGAGAACUGAGCACAACUGUGUCCCUGGCAGCAGCCCCCAAUCCUGAGCAGAUCCAGAGCAGCGAGAACGAGAUCAAGGACCUCACGCGGACCUUACAGUCCCUGGACAUCGAGCUGCAGGCGCAGCUGAGUAAGAAACACAUGCUGGAAGACACCCUGGCUGACACUCGCAAUCACUACGCCGUCGCACUUCAAAACAUGCAGCAGAUCAUCUCCAAAUGUGAGGAAGAGCUCAGCCAGCUUCGCCAUGACAUCAGGCAGCAGCACAACCAGUACAGGGUUCUGCUUGGGAUUAAAACACGCCUGGAGAAGGAAAUCUCCACUUACCGCCUGCUGCUGGAGGGGAACGUGGACAGGAUAACAAGAACAUGUGAAUCAAAAGCUGAAGAAUAUGCUGAACUGACCAAUGGAGAGAUCAAAGCGAUUGUGCACAACGGCGUGAAUGGGCAGCUGAUGUCCUCCACCACCAACCAGAUCCACCAGCAAGAGUGAAGGAAAACG